CUAAAUUUCUUUCCUUUUACCACGUAACCCCGCAGAAAUGGCCAAUGCCUCCGCAAAACGCAUCGCCAAUCAGAAUGAGGCCACAGUGAAACAUCUUCGCCUUGGACUUUUUCUCCCAACUAUCCUCUCUCUCCUUCUGCGUUUUCUCUUCCGUCGCAAUUCCCUUCCUCCGUCCAAAGGCUCUUUGGCUUUGUACCUGGGGACCUUCUUUCCAGGGUUCUUCUUAUCAAAAUACCUUAUUAAAACUGGUACGACUCGACGUGAUCCAACAACAGGAACCCUCAUUUCAUACGGAGAGGAUUUAAAUCAACCUGGCUUGACCGAAUGGGCUUUUGACGUUUUGUAUAUUACCUGGGCUUGUCAGAUCGGCAGUGGUGCCUUUGGUGAAUGGUUCUGGUGGUUGUACACCGUGAUCCCCCUCUACGCAAUAUACAAGCUCUGGGUUUCUGUCAUAUCACCGUUUGUUCUAGGUCGAGGUUCGCCCUUCUCCCCGAGUGAUUCCAAGUCCGAAGCAACUCCAGAAGAGACUGGUACCAGUAAACGACAAGAAAAGCUUCGGAAACGGAGCGAAAGAGGAGAUCCAAGGGUUCGAACACAAGCCAGAAAAUGACUUUGCGUUCUUCUUGGUCAUACCGACAACAGGUUAUCUGCUGUACAUCCACAUCUUAUUGUUAUUAUCACAAUAUAACCAAUACAUUUAUCA